CCCUUUGCUGAGUCAUUACGCAUGACGGAAGUGGAAAAUAGACGAUAACAUUUUAGGGUCAGUUGUAAAAUGUGAAUCAAAAUUACCUUUAUUUAAGACCCAGAUCUAUAGAAAGGGGUGAAAAUGAUGUCCGACGAGAUACAACGUCGGAAUCCACAAGAUGAUUUUGAUUUGAUUCAGCGUGUAGGCAGUGGAACGUACGGAGAUGUGUACAAGGCACGGGAGAGAAACUCUGGCGAACUUGCUGCCAUAAAGAUAAUUAAACUAGAGCCUGGAGAUGACUUUGCUAUUAUACAACAGGAGAUAAUCAUGAUGAAAGAUUGUAAACAUUCUAACAUUGUAGCUUAUUUUGGAAGCUAUUUACGGCGAGAUAAGCUGUGGAUCUGUAUGGAGUAUUGUGGUGGAGGUUCAAUGCAGGACAUAUAUCAUAUCACAGGGCCACUGACGGAGCCGCAGAUAGCAUUUAUAUGCCGAGAAACAUUGAAAGGGUUGCAUUACCUACACUGCAGAGGAAAAAUGCAUCGAGAUAUUAAGGGAGCAAAUAUAUUGUUAACAGAUGAAGGAGAUGUCAAAUUAGCUGAUUUUGGUGUAUCUGCUCAGAUAACUGUUACAAUGUGUAAGAGAAAGUCUUUCAUUGGGACACCUUACUGGAUGGCCCCAGAAGUAGCGGCAGUGGAGAGGAAAGGAGGGUACAAUCAACAAUGUGAUAUAUGGGCUGUAGGCAUUACAGCUAUAGAAUUUGCUGAAUUACAGCCCCCCAUGUUUGACUUACAUCCUAUGAGGGCAUUAUUUUUAAUGUCAAAAAGUGGUUUCAAACCACCAACACUUAAAGACAAAAAUAAAUGGUCAUCAGUAUUUCAUAAUUUUAUAAAAGUUGCUCUCACAAAAAAUCCCAAGAAAAGACCAGCAGCUGAUAAAUUGUUAGAGCAUCAGUUUGUUCAUGGUGACUUAUCAAGACGACUCACACGAGACAUUCUUGACAAAGUACGCAAUCCACAACCAGUAUUUGAACAACAUGGAGAUGAUGAUGAUGAGUUCUUGGCAAAUGUUCCACAGAGAAUUUCAUCAUCAAAAUCUUCAAGUAGAUAUAGCCAAGCUAGAAAUAGUAUAGAACUUAAAGUAAAUAUACCCAGCAAUCUGAGUCCGCAUAGGGUCACAAGAUCAGGGACCACAUUAAACCCACUCAAGGAGGAACAAUUCAACACAGCCAGGGCAUGGCCUGAAGAUGAAAUUUCUCAAAAGGGCUUGUUAGAGUCGGUAAAUGAGGAACUUAUACAAAGAGGUCAUCGUGAUAGUCUAAUUUUGGACGAUGACACAAAUAACUUUGAUCUCGCCAAUAAAGAAACACUACCAUUGAAUCCCCCACCUGUACCACCUAAGCCAUCAUCAGAGGAAACAUCAGAAAAUACGUAUCACCUGCCUGAUGACAUUGACGAGGGUGAUGUUGAUCAGGGACCUGACCUUGACAAUAUUCUUGAUCGUAUGCUUACAUUGACCCCUGACACACAUCCCCCCAAAAGAAUUUUUUGGAGAAAAACCUUACGACCAGUGAGCAAUGGCUUGCCUCCUACACCAAAAGUUCAUAUGGGUGCUUGUUUUUCAAAAGUGUUCAAUGGUUGUCCAUUAAAAAUCAAAUGUACAGCCAGCUGGAUAAAUCCAGAUACUAGAGAUGAACAUAUUUUAAUUGGUGCAAGUGAAGGACUUUAUACCCUUAAUUUAAAUGAAAUCCAUGAAGCUUCAUUAGAAUUGCUUCAUGCAAGACAGUGUUCAUGGCUAUAUGUAGUCAAUAAUGUUCUCAUGUCAAUAUCUGGGAAGACUCCACAUUUGUAUAGACAUGAUUUGUUGAUGUUACAUAGUAAACAAACAAACCGGUUUUCCCUACCCAUGAAAACUAAAAUACCUGAAAAACUUGUGCCAAGGAAAUAUACAGCAACAUCAAAGGUACCAGAUACUAAGGGGUGUAUGAGAUGUUGUGUAGGUAGAAAUCCGUACAAUGGCUAUAAAUAUUUAUGCGGGGCUUUACCAACAGGGAUCAUUCUUAUGCAGUGGUAUGAUCCUCUCAACAAAUUUAUGCAGCUCAAGAUAUACGAGUGUGAUACUUUGCCAACCUCACCACCAAUAUUUGAAAUGUUUAUAUCUCCAGAAUUAGAAUAUCCCUUGAUAUGUUUAGGAGUUAGAGUUAGAUCAGACAAAGUCCCUCUUAGUUUUGAUGUUAUAAAUCUGAACUCCACAUCAAACUGGUUCCUUGACUUAGAACAGAAUGAAGGAGAACAGGUACCUGUGGUGAAUGUAACACAAUUAGAAAAAGAUACAGUUCUCAUUUGUUAUGAAAGAUUACUUAAAGUACAUACGUUUACAGAGUUUGUGAAGGCAGUGAGCAUGUCUGGAAAAUUGAAGUCCAGUAGACGGCAAGCAUCAGAACUACAUUUCGAUUUCUCCGUAGAAUCUUUAGUUUGUUUACAAGACAGUGUUUUGGCAUUCCACAAACAUGGCAUGCAGGGAAGAAGCUUUAAAGCAAAUGAGGUGACUCAGGAGAUAUGUGACAAGACUAGAAUAUUCCGCUUACUUGGUUCAGAUAGGGUGAUAUGUUUGGAAAGUCGACCAACAGACCAGCCAGAAGCAGCUUCAAACCUCUAUGUAUUAGCUGGUCAUGAAAAUACUUACUGACCCUGACACCGAGUGAACCUUGUCGGACUACUUUGAAUAAAACUAAGAGACUCCUUGUAAACAAAAUAUAACGGUGUAAACUUAAAGGAGCAGAAUGUUAAUAACCAACUUACCAACAUUUCAGAAUGUAAUCUUUAUGACUCAUUUAAUAUUUCUGGAUGAGUGAUGACAUCAUUUCCUGAGUGACAUCACUUCCUGUGUGAUGUCAUUUCAACAAUGCGUAUGACAUCAUCAAACAGUAUUACAUCACUUCCUGUUGCAUUGGAGAAUGAUUUGUGCAAUAUUUUGUGUGCGCUUUGUGAUGUGAAAUACAUAAAUUUAAACUAAAGAAGAUAAAAAUGAAAGUAUUUCAUGCUUUUGGUACAGUAUUUUCAACCAUCAUGGAUAAAAUAUAACAGAUGGUAACAUAAUGUGCCCAAACUGUGUUGAUUCAUUCAUUUUAUUGAAAAUGCGAAAGAAAGAAAAAAGAAGUGGUUUUGUCAAACAAGUGUAAAGGAUUAUAAUAAAUGGUUCACUAAAAGAUUUAACAGACCUUAUUCAUACUUGGCAUUCUUAUUCUAUGAAGUAGAUUUUAUGCUAUAAAGGUAGUGCCUAUUCUAGGACAUAUGAUUGUUGGAUUUGUAGAUGAUUUUAGUUUUGGGUUUUAAAGCUGCAAGCUGCAAAAAGUGUUCAUUAUAAAAGAAAUCAAAUGUGUUAUACAUAAACUGUGAAGAUGCAUUUUUUUUACACAAAACUGCUAUUGAGUACAUGAUGUUCUGUUCACACAUCAAUGGCCAUCAUCCACAGGAACCAAAAAACAAUUGUUGUCUAAACUAAUAGUCUAUCCAUAUACCAAUAUUUCUACUUUAUUCAUUUUGCUCAAUAGUUUUCAGACAUGUUGAUUGAGGUGAAUGAUUGGUUAGCAGUAAAUGUGACAUAAUGAAUGCUGUCAUAUUGCACAUUUUGUAGCUGUUAUUGUUUAAAGGGUCUGUAACUUGAGCAGAAUUAAAUCAACAACUUUCAGUAAAUUAUAUUUCUGCUUUGUGCUUAUAGCCACAAGUCUACUGUACUUAUUGAAAGAUUUAUGUGGUUAGUGGUCAUCAAGGAAAUUUCAGUAGAUGAAAUUGUGAACUAGUAAGUGGUGACAAAAUGACUAAUUGUUUGGUUGACAGAUUGUAGUGGCCAGAUUAUUUUGAAUUAUUAGACUGUUACAAAUGAAAAGUUUAGUCAAAUUAUAUGCGGAAAACUUGCUACGGUUCAGUGUAAUAUACAAUAUUUAUAUAUAUAGGUGUAAUAACAUUAUUGAUAUAUAUAUAAAUGAUAGUUUUAUUGUGAGCGGUAUUGUAGCUUUAUAACAAUGUCUGCGAUGUAACAUAGUUCUACUCUGUGAUAUUUCUAGCCUUAUAUACACUAAAGAUAGGAUAGUAUUGGUGCUGGUUUUAAUUUCAUAUAUGUUAUAUUACAAAACCACCUUAUUUUUACUCUUCUGCCAAAGUAAAAAUUUAUGUAGUUAAAAAAUAGUUUUAAAAUUUGAGUAGCUUAAACAAUAAUUUUUACAGAGUUUUUUUUACAAGUAUUGUGUGUUAUAUUAAAGGGAUAACAUGUGUUUUAUUUAUAAGUAUUAUAAAGCAAUUGGUUAAGGAUAUUCUUAUUUGAACAAAUUAAUAUAUAAUGUUACAUUGAAAUAGAACCAUCAUAAAUGUUAUCCUGUCUUUGGUAUUGCCAAUGUUUGAUGUUUUACAGAAUUUUUUGUUCUUUUAACUUAAAAUUGUAGCGAUAGGAGGAAAAAAGUUGCUAAAGACUUAACCAAUAUAUUUCUUUAUAGUGAUCUAAAUAUAUCCAUGAUUGAUGUUUUAUCUAAGAAUUUUAGUGUCAGGAUGAUUUUCCUUCUUUUCUGAGAAGUGAAAUCAUAACUGUAUAACUGAGUAUCUUGUUAAAAACUUAGUGCUAAACUUCCACAAAGUGUAAUUAUUUUAUUUUGAAGACAUCUAUUGAUACUUUUGUUAUAUUUUAAAUAAAUUUUUAUCUUAUUUAAACAUGAAGUUCGAAGAUAUAUUUCAUUAUUUGUGAAAUCAUAAAUUUUACAAAAGAAGGUGUUCUAGUGACAGGUUUAUUGUUUUUGAAAUAUUAAUAUACAUGUAAUACAAAGAUCUAACUAAUCAAAAUUUAAUGUUAAAUGUGUCCAUCCUACUGUCUUCAUAAAAGUUUAGUGAUGUUGAUAUUCAGUAACAAAAUGAGACUUGUCAUAUUAGAAAUAUGUUUUCCGCUUUUUAGGUUUUUGAACAUUUAUAAAGGUUUUCUAGCAGUCUAGAGCCAGUCAAUUGUUUGCCAGUCAAAUUAAGUAUUUUUAAGUAAAAGAAAAGCAGGAGCUACCUAGUUCUUGUAAGGACAAAUCAUUUAGCCAAACUAAGUUUCAAAAGAGUUAUGGAAAUGUGUUGGCGUCAUUAAAGACCUGUUAAUUUAGACAGUUAAAUUAAAUUUACUUUAAAGAGGUUUGCUCAAGAUUUUCUCAGAAUGCAAAAUUAGCAUUUUUUUGUGCAUGAUACUUUGAGCAGUGAUGUUUGUGAAAUUAAACAAGUUUUUUGCAUUUUUUGGAGCAUGAAGUAUGUGAGGAAUUUAUCUUUUUUUAUGAAUAUGUAGAAAUUAUAAAUAUAUGUACAUUUACCAAGAAAAUAUUAAUUGGGUGAAAACUCUUUUUUAUCUUGGUGGAAUCUCUUUGUAGAUACGCUGAUAUUUCAAUACGCUGUUCAAAAUUUGUAAGAUAUUUUGAUAUUUUACCUGCAAUUUUAUAUCUUAGUAUUUUGUAAAUGUAGAUGUGAUUAUAUAAUGUGUCUUGUCUGGAUUAGUUAAAUAUUUGAAUAAUUUUAAUUGUAGAUUUUAUAAAUUGACUGUUUGGUUUAUCAAAACAAAACCCUUCAUGUUGUUAUAAGUAUAUUUAAAUAUCUGUACAAAUCAUCAAUGAAAUGAUACAGAAAUUGUAUAUAGUCAGUUCUAAUGUUUUCAUUGAAAUGUUCAUUAUUUUGUUUGUAGCUGUAAAACCAAGAUUUUAUACUUUAUAGUUAUCAUGUAUCUCUUGUGUUGUUAUUGCUUUUAUUUCUAGAAAAUGUUUUAUUCAAAGAGUUUCUUUUGCUUGCAGUAAAUGCGCUACUUUCUCUUUAUUUACUUUGUUUGUAGAAGAGAACAGUAAUGGCCAAGUAAUUGCCAAAUAAUGUAAAGUAAAGAAAAAACAAAGAAAAUUGUCACAAUAAAUGAGAUGUAUUUAGAUAUAUUUUCAAAUAUACUUUUAUUUCCUUGUCUAGGCAGGCAAUGCAUGUCAGAGCAUUCCUGUAGCACAUUAAUCAGUGUGGACACACUGUGUGAUAUAUGACAGCAUUUUGAAUAUAGGGUUAACAUACCUCUAGCAGUAUUUAAUGCCCUAAUUCUUCAUCACUUUAAAAUGGAUAUAGGGUAAUGCUAAAUGGAAUACAGUUCUUAACUCAUAGGUCCAAAUGAUAAAUUAAUCACAUAUAAGAUACUUAGCCUUGAUAUGAUUCAUGAAAAUAGUAAGAGUUUGUGUACUAUGCUUUUUAUUUUAACAAUUAAAUUUUUAUAUUUUUUGCAAAUGUCCGCCCCAAGAAGUGAGGCAUAAAAUGAAGCUUGCUAGCUGAACUGUAAAAAUGUUGUCAUAGGCCUCUUGGUAUGACCUCACUGAUUAUUCAUGUUAGUAUGAUAAAACUCUGCAUAAAUCUGGUGUGGGUUUGCAUGGUAUCAUAUGGUACAUUUUCCUCACCAUCUCAUUGCUGAAGUAUCAAACGUUUAUUUCUGUCACUGCGAAAUUUCUUUAUUCUUCACAUAGUCAAAGUUUUGUCUACUAAAUGUUUGACUAUUCUUUUCAAAUUAUUUGAAUGGAUUAUACAUCUUUAUCUUAUUUUGUGAUUAUAUAUCAGUUAUAAGAAAAUUAGAAGAUGGUUUUCUACAAAAUAUGAGAUAGGUCCGUUUCAAAUGAAAAAUAAACAAACUGCAUAAUGCUUUCCUCAAAUUGUCUCAGACCUAAACUGUCUAUCUAAGUAACUUCAACUUAAUAAAGAAAUGCUUUAAUCAUUUUCAUAACAGGUGCUUGUUUCUUUGAUAUUAACUACAUAGAUAAAGUGAAAGGACUAAAAUUUUGUAGCACAGUGGAGUUCAAUCAUUGAAGUUACAAAUAAAUAUUGACAUAAUGAUUCUUUCUUCUUUGUUUUUCUUUUGUCUAUCUGCUUCAAAAGAUGACAUUUAAAAAAAUCACUAUGGCAUUACUAAGAGUUUUGUGUUCUGACAGGAUCAUUUGGUUUUUUUCAUUGUUGUUUGUUUUUUGUUUUUUUAUCAUAAAAACAAUGUUUGGAUAAACUUGAAUUUACAAUUGAUUUUGCAAAAAAACAUCUACUGUUUCAUCUUAAUUAGCUAUAGAAUUCAUGAUAUUUUCAUUAUUUUCAGAAUUGCAAAUUAUUUUGGAUUGAAGAAAAAGUACAAUACUUUUAAUUACUUGUGUUUUAAUUAUACAUAUAUAGGAAAAAUUGUGGUUUAACACAUAUCAAAUCAGUUGUAGGAUGUCUUAUAUACAGAGCAUGUGAUGUUUUUCUGAUAGUUCAUUACUUAUAACCUGAACACAUAGUGCUCAAAGGUGAGCUGUUGUGAUUGCAGUGUUUUCAUUUUGUAACAACAUCUUCUUUUAAACUGCAUGGUGGAUUUUGACCAAACUUCAUAGAAAUGAUCCUUUGAUGUUCUUCUAAAUGGCUCCUAUAUGAUAAAAAGCUGUAUAAUUAAUUCCCCUGGGGCUAAAAUUGGACAUAAGUGUAGUUUAUAAACAUGAACAUGUAGAUUUCUAGGACAACAUAUAUAAAUUUUCUUAAAAACUAAAAUACACAGAGUUUAGACAUUCACUAUCAGACCUCAAAUAUUUUUAGAUCAUAAAGUUGGGGUAAAAAAUACACACCUUAUUUGACAAUGAAAAGAAUAGUGUCUUUUUCUAGCAAUAGAUAUCAGGUGAGCAAUCUAUGGCCACCAUGGCUCUCUUAUUAUUUGUCUUUAUAAGUAUUUGGAAAGUUUUCAAAAAAGAAAUAUUAUUCAUGUUGGUUUUAGCACCAGCAUCUGCUUAGUCCAUUAUAUUUUGAAAUAGACCAAUCACAUCAUUGCUAUGUUAGAUUUAGUAUUUCAACUUGAUUUUACAAUUUGUAUAACCUGCUUUAUUACUAUAUAAGGUGACUUGUUGGCCAUAGCAUGCAGUUGAUACUGAUGUUGAAAGAUGAGUAUGAUAAGUUAGACUUUUUUUAAACAAAUAUGAGUCGGGACUGUCGGGCCAUGACAAAACCAACGUAAUGCGUUUGCGACCAGCAUGGAUCCAGACCAGGCUGCGCAUCAGUGCAGUCUAAUCAGGAUCCAUGCUGUUCACUAUCAGUUUCUCUACUUGUUAUAGAGUUUGUAAGCGAACAGCAUAGAUCCUGAUCGCUGGUCGAAAACGCAUUACAUUGGUUAUAUCAUGGGGCGACUCAAUUAUAAAUUUUGAGUGUUAAAUGUUACUGUUAUAUUGUGAGCUAUUUUGAUUGAAACAAUCUUUUCGCCAAUCUAUAUGAACAUUGUGUUUUAUGUGUUAAAAUUACACAUGCUGAACCUCUAUUUAUGUAACUUGAAAAAAAUAAAAACACAUUCCCAAAAAUACA